UCUGUGGCCUCUCUCUCUCCACCUCUCAAAAUGAUAGCAAUCUCUGCCAUCAGCAGUGCACUCCUGCUCUCCCUUCUCUGUGAAGCAAGUGCCGCCGUCUUACUCAAUUCCACUGACUCAUCCCCGCCAACCAAUAAUUUCACUGAUAUUGAAGCAGCUCUAAAAGCACAACUAGAUUCUGCGGACAUCCCCAAAGCCAGGCGGAAGCGCUACAUUUCGCAGAAUGACAUGAUCGCCAUUCUUGAUUAUCAUAACCAAGUUCGGGGCAAAGUGUUCCCACCAGCAGCAAACAUGGAAUAUAUGGUCUGGGAUGAAAAUCUUGCAAAAUCUGCAGAGGCUUGGGCAGCUACUUGCAUUUGGGACCAUGGACCUUCUUACUUAUUGAGAUUUUUGGGUCAAAAUCUAUCUGUACGAACUGGAAGAUAUCGCUCUAUUCUCCAGUUGGUCAAGCCAUGGUAUGAUGAAGUGAAAGAUUAUGCUUUUCCAUAUCCCCAGGACUGCAAUCCCAGAUGUCCUAUGAGAUGUUUUGGCCCCAUGUGCACACAUUAUACACAGAUGGUUUGGGCCACUUCCAAUCGAAUAGGAUGUGCAAUUCAUACUUGUCAAAACAUGAAUGUUUGGGGAGCUGUAUGGCGCAGUGCAGUUUAUUUGGUAUGCAACUAUGCCCCAAAGGGCAACUGGAUUGGAGAAGCACCAUAUAAAGUAGGGGUACCAUGUUCAGCUUGCCCUCCCAGUUACGGGGGGUCUUGUACUGACAAUCUUUGUUUUGCAGGAGUAACGUCAAACUACCUAUACUGGUUUAAAUAAGCUUGUCUUUUCCUCCAGGAAAUAUAAUGGUUUCUGGGAAUCAUAGGCAUAUAUAUAUAUUGAGUUUUGCACAUAUUAUACAUAUUUUAUCAUAAUCUUGUUUUCCUUUUAUUAUUCAUUGUAUAAAUUAGUGUUUGUCUAUAAUGUUUGUUUAAUCCUUGGAGGUAAACAAAGCAUCCAUUUCUGUUUUCUGACCUCUAAGCCUAAAUUAAAAUAUUGUGUAUGUAGUAUUGACACAGUUGAUGCAUCCAAUUCCAAAACUUGUUUUCCAAAGGAAUUAUGUUCUUAAGGAAUACAAUAUAUAUUUGGCCUAUAAUGUAUGUGUGUGUAUAUAUACACACAUAGAUGAUAUAACACAUAGAAAGUAACAUGAUUUUGUAGUUAACUUGAGGGAAAUUUUUAAAAAUCCUAUUCUAAAAUGUAUGUGAGGUGGUGGGACAUCUUCAGCACCCACUUCUAUAAUGCCCCAAAAGUGAUAAUUUGCAAAAUAACACUCAGUAAUAUCUGGACAUAAUAAUUUAAUUAAGCAACCACAGAUUUCAUUCUGGAGAUAUUUUAUCUCACUUGGGUUCACCAAAAGAUACUCUUGAUUUAUGUAAGGUUCAAAUCAUGCCUUUUGCUUAAUCUCUUUUAUUGAAUCCUGUGUUGAGUGGUUACGAUGGGCAAGGCACUCUGAUAGUUAUGUUCUGAUCAUGCAAAGAUAAUAUGAUAUGAUUCCUGACUUCAAGAAGCUCACAAAAAUAUUCAAGAAAUAAUGCCACCUAAUUAUAUUGCUGUAAAAUUAUUACUUUUUUAACAGAUUUAUUUUUCAUGUAAUUUUGAGGAAGUGAGUGCAACAACAUUCACAUGUAGUUGGAAUAGGUGAUAGGCCACACUGUGUAAUAUGUAAGGCUUCUGAUUAGCAUGAAAAUGUAGCUAUAGCGUCUGGAACUAAAUGAGGCAGGGAAAAAUUAACAACUGCCUAGGGAUUCCUGGGUGAGAGUAAAUAGUUGUGAUUUUGGAAGGUAGAAAGCAAGACCUAAGUAAACUGAGAAGGUCCAAGAGAAGUAAGAUUCAGGACACAGGUAUGAAAAGUCACGGAAAUAGGGUUACUGCACACACACACACACACACACACAAACACACACACACACACACAAACACACACACACAAACAGGUGGAGAGCUUCUGAAGGGCAUAUACUGAAGGUCUAGUGUAACUUGAAGCCUUUCAGCAGGAGGUGAGGGAUGUCAGAAAUAAACAUUGUAGGUGUCAAGGACACCUCCAGCUCUCCAUUGCUUUGCCCAUCCUUACUUGGUGAGAAUCAGUCUAAUCACCAUGGUCCUUGAGCAUCAUGUGCAAGUUCCCAUGUGCACACCACAGACAGUUAUGAUUUUGUUAAAGGGGCCUCUUCAGAUGAUUUUCUAAGGAUUAAUUACUAAAUUUUUUUCCUAUAUCUAAGUAGAAGAAUAAUUUUCAGUUCUCCAUUAAGUUUGGUGGAAAUCAAAGUCACUAUGAAAAUUCCACUCAUGUGACUUUGAAAAUGCUUAUUUCCAAGUCAGGGAAUCACUUUCAGAGAGGAGAAUUCAACACAUGGGUCAAGACACUUAACACAUUACAUUUCAAGUGUGCAUGCAUUUGCGUGCAUGUGUGCGUUUGUGUAUGGUUCAGGUUAUGCAAUGCCUCAACAGAAUCACAGAAUAAGUAAACACGGUUAGUUCCAGAGUACAAAUAACAGAAGAAAACUACUUGUUUAAAAUUCCCUACACAUUUGCAAUUUCUUAGGGUAGAUGCACUGAAAGAUGACAGAUAGUUAAUUAAAUCCAAUGGGGGAAACAUCCACCGUCUGAAGUUCAGGUUUACAUGAUGACAAACAAUUGGCCUGAUUCCUUUUACAAACUGAAUCUGACCAAAUGUUUUCAUAUCAUACUACUUUGCUUUUGUGGGAACAUAUAGAGACUUUAUCAAAACUAAAUAUUUUUGGAGACUAAAAUGAAAAAUAGAAAUAACAGUAAGAAUCAGGCCCCAAAUCAACUUCUAGCUAACAUAUAUAUAGGCAGUUGAAGAGAAACCUCAUUAGUGGGAUAUUCAUUUGAUUUUAUCUAGAAAAUAUUUCCUUCCUUGAGUUUGCUAAACUAGUUCUACAGAAGUAUUAAAAGUACUAUUAAACCAAAAAAGGUUACUAUCAGUUCCAGUUCUGUUGCUGGUUUACUUGUGUAGCGUGGUUUCUCAAGUCUCAAAAAGUAUAAUGAUAUUUUGUCAUGUGAAGGUAAAAUUACCAUAUUAACAGAAAUGCAUGAAUAUUAAAAUUAUCAUUAAUGUUGUGAAAUUUUAUUUGAGAUAAAAUUAUUUGAGCUCCCCUUUGGCAGAAAUUCUGUCUUAUCUUUGUAUUUAUACCAGCUUCUUAUAUAGUGGCUGUAAUGUAAUAAAUGUUUACAUGAAUGGGUUUUUAGAAUUAACUAAAAAGUCGAGUAUUGCAAGAAUUUAGAGGAACCCCACCUUUCCAUGUUUCAUUAAAACAAAAAUGUCUUAAAUACAAAGCUUUGAGUGCAUCAACAAUCCAGAUAAAUCAUCAAACAUAUCAGAUUAUGACUAUGGUUCACACACUCAUAACUUGUACACAACAGUCCUUUCCAAAUCACAGCUAGAACUGUAAGUUUAUUUAUAACUUAACAACUCAGCUGAAAAUAUAACGGGUAUAUUUGUUAUUCUAUCUGUACUUUUUAAAGUUAGUAAUAUGAAGUGGCCAUGUGAAAUGUUUUAUUUUCCAGGCUAAAGCAAAUGAAAGUUUGCUAGUAUCAACACAGAGUGUCAUAUUUUUUCACAGCAUGCAACAAUGGUGCUAGGAUAGCUAUUUCUCACUGUAAUUCCCAGAGCACAAAGGGUGUGGGUAUAAGCUAUUUCAAGAGCAGCUUUAAAUAGUCAUUACUGAGGUUUUCAUUUUAAUAGGUAUCAUUCAAAAGAAAUAGUAAUUGGCAUGCAUAUUCUACAGCAUUGGUUUUAUCUUUGGUAUAGAUUUUUCAUGUCAUCCUUUAUUCAGUAGAAAAGUAAACAAUUUCUGUCUCGAUAUAGAUUUUUUUGGCUUCCAUGUCAUCAAAAGACUGGAAAAAUGACAAUUUUCACUGUUAAACUGAUGGAUUUCUUUACAGAAUUGUAUUUGAGUUGUGUAGGCACACCCUUAAUGUUGCUGGUUAUGAUGGAUAAGCAUGCUUUUAAAAUGUGGCAGAAACAGUUUUUAUUGUUACCAUGUUUUUGUCUGUCCAGUAGUUUAAGCAUCACUUCUGUGGUCCAUUAGGGCUUCCCUACCAAAUUCAAUUGGCAGUGCUGUGGUGUUCAUUCGAAACCUUCAUGGAAAUAUUCAUUUGAAAGCUCCAUGCAGCUUUAGCAAAGAGCUCACCAAACACUAGGGAAAGUUCAACCCGAUACAAUUUACUCAGAAUAUUUGAACUGAAACAAUAUAUCUUUUUCUCAUUAAUACAUGCUUGUGUUAGAUCAACUUAUAACAUCUACAUAAGCAAAUCUAAAACACACUCAGGCCAGUUAUGUGUUUUGUGUUCAUAUCCUGCUUAACAUAAGUUAAACAGAUAAUUUGAAUGUGUCCAGGAAGGAAAAGUCAUGCUUAACCUGGGGUCUGCCUUCUCCCCCGUGUGUAACAGCAUUCCUUAUGUUCCGCAGUAGCAUAGGACACAAAUCUUGACAUGGAUGGAGGGAAGCCUUUUCCUGCAGAAGUGUUUAGGUAGAGUGAAAUUAGAUUUCUAUCAAUGUCUAAUAUUACCUUUGUUUUAUAUAUUUUUUUUGUAUUGUUGUUAUAUGUGUGAGGGAAGACAUAUUUAAAUGCAUGCAGAAUGAUUUUUAAAAAUUAUGUCAUGGUCUGACUUUGCCUUAUGAGAGGUCAAUCAAAAACUUAGAAAGUUACACAAUUCACUGGUUAAUGGUGCUGAAAAUGCGUAACAACCACCGUAUGCUUGCUACAAUUUUGAAGUUUCUUUGGAAUUAAAGUUUUUAUUAAGUGUGAACUAUCAGUAUCUAUUCUGGUGCUAAAUACGUGGUGCUAAAUGAAUUGUUAGUGUUAGGAGCUUAGGGACUCUCUUUUUAUUCAUAGUUAAAAGUGUUAUCCAUUCAAUUCCUGAUUUAGAAAUAUUAAUAAAGUCCUAUUAAAUUAAUCUUAACCAAAAUAAGCCAGUGCACUUAAUUUUUUAAUCUAAUAGCCCAACAUUAUUUAGGUGUUACAGAAUGUAAAUAUAUUUCUUAGAAGUUUUCAAUUUUUUUUAAAGGCAUUUUUUAGCAUGCCGAUGUAAAAUUCCAGUAAAGGUUAGAUUACACCUACACCAACCAUACUGCAGGCACCGGCGCCCUCUGGUGGUUAUAAGAACAAAUUCUUGAUGGCUACCUGGCCUGCAACAAAACCAUUUCUUCUGUUCAAUAAAAAUUUAAGCUGAACAGUUUUAAAUUCUUGGAUACUCUCUAAAUCCGAGAGCAUUAAAAAGUGCUUGACUCUAUUGACAUAAUAUUCUAGGAAGAUAAUAGAGAUAAUAUAUCUUGACAUCCAUUUUCCUAAAUAAUAAUAUUUUUUUUAAAUGAUAUUCCAGAUCUGAGGUGCUUAUUAAAGUGUUCUUUUUUUGAAGUAGGUAUUAAUAAAAUACAUUUUUAAUUUUGUUUACAUCAUAAAUACAAUAAGAGUUAAAAUUAGCAAACAGAAUUAUAGUGUGCCUCACUUUCAGAAGUGAUCAUUUAUAUUAAAACAAUUAAUUCCAUAUAUCAAAGGAUUAUCUCUCCACUUUUAUGUGUUGAUCUAUAAUUUGAUAAUGUUUUUUGGUCAUACUAUUGAGCUAAUGAUAACAUUUUAUUAUUCCAUUCAAAGUCUUUCUAGACUUAAAAAUGUACAGAUAAACUUAGAAUUAUAUCCCCUGUAACCAACGAAGGCAACAUUUUUAGAUAAACUUUCACUUGAGUUGUGCAACUGACUAAGUGUGAUAAUCUGUUUUGACAAAGAUAUUUCUUAAACUGUGUUAGCAUAACCAAAUGAAAUAUGCUUUGAAGCAGUUUUCCAAAUUAGUAUUUUCAAACUUAUUUUAAAGCAAUAGAACUCUUUGUAUGAUCUCAAUCCUGCACAAAGCUCUAACAUAUAAUAUACAUAUAAUGGACCUACUUAUUUCCCAAACCCUCUUCUGUGCCUUGGAAGUUUCUUCUGAGAGCCCUAGGAUUCCAUUGAACCAUUAGAAAAACAUUGAUCUAAAUCAUCCAGUUCUCCCCAUUUUCUCUAAAAUAAUCAGCUAAUUAAAGACAAAAAAAAUUGAGACUCAAUGUUUUGCAAUGGUUAUCUUAAAUACCCACUUCACUUUGCACAUGUUAGAAGCCAGACUGAUGGAGCUUUAAAUACUGACUUUAACUGGUGCUUGGUUAUAGAUUACAGCAUCUUGUGUUUUGUUAUUUGACAAAGAGAAUUUUGGUGCCAUAAUAUUUUGAGAAUUAGAGAUAAUUCUGAUGCACGUAUGAAAAUAAUGUGUUUAAAAAUAUCUAAAUGUUUCAAAUAUGUACAUAAUCCUAAAAUAUACUGUAUCAUUUUAGAUUUUUUAAAGAUUAAUUUGAUAUUUUUUAUUCAUUAUCUAAUACUGUGGCAGGAAAAGGUGCCUUUGAUAUUGUGAUAUAAUGUCAUGAAUGUGUGCAUUUAAAAAACCUGUGUAAACAUCUACCUUUAUAAAGCAUAACAAGUGUAGC